CUGGUGCUCGCCGAGGAAGCUCACAGCCUACGGCGCACCGAUCUUUCUGAUCCUGCCUUUGGAGCAGCUAGAUUGCCAACCUUGGCUGCUCCAUCGGCCUGCCGCCCCUUACCUGCGAUUGCAUAUGAACUUUUCUUCCUUCUUGCACACCGUUGUCGUCGGAGUCGUCGAGAUCGUCGUGGCGCUCGCGUGAUGGCCUUCGUCCGUUUAGAGUAGUGUAGUUAGUUAGGGGCCAUCGAAGAAGAAAGAAGACGCGAAUAGUGCAGAGAUGCUGGAGGUGGUCAGUUACUAAGCUAGAGUAAGAUAGUGGAGCAAAACCAGCCAAACCUGUCCGGGGGUGCACGGUCGCCCAGAGGAGGUCGACUCGCCGGUGCUUACUAUCGCGCCGAGCUCCCUCCGUCCCUCCCUCCGCCGAGGCGCGAGAUUGCGGCGCGCAGCGCAGCGCAGCGCACUGACUGCCGCGGGCUCCGCUGGGCGAUUGCAGCCGGGUCCGUUUGUCGUCUAGCUGCCGCCGCGGCGACCGUUGCCUUGUCUUCCUCCCGGACGCUUGUGAGAUAUCAUCCAAUAUCCAUGAGCAUCUAUAGGCCAACCGUCACCAUCCUUCAAAAAUAAUUAAAGGAUGGAAUUAUGAAUCCAAUCUGUUACAUUUCCUCUUCAAAAUUUUAAACUUUGGUUGCUUAACACCGAAGCAAUCAUGGUGAACCUGAGGAAAGCGGUGCAUUCGUUCCUUGUGCACCUAAUUGGCCUACUGGUUUGGCAAUGCGAUAUUUCUGUGAGCCCUGUUGCAGCUCUAGUAACUGACAUUUUCAAUACCUCCGAUGGUGGACGCUUCAAAUUCCCAGACGGGGUACAAAACUGGCCAGCACUUUCAAUCGUCAUCAUAAUAAUCUUGACAAUAGGUGGCAACAUUCUCGUUAUCAUGGCAGUAAGCUUGGAAAAGAAACUGCACAAUGCCACCAACUAUUUCUUAAUGUCCCUAGCCAUUGCUGAUAUGCUAGUGGGACUACUUGUCAUGCCACUGUCUCUGCUUGCAAUCCUUUAUGAUUAUGUCUGGCCACUACCUAGAUAUUUGUGCCCCGUCUGGAUUUCUUUGGAUGUUUUAUUUUCUACAGCGUCCAUCAUGCACCUCUGCGCUAUCUCGCUGGAUCGGUAUGUAGCAAUACGUAAUCCUAUUGAGCAUAGCCGUUUCAAUUCGCGGACUAAGGCCAUCAUGAAGAUUGCUAUUGUUUGGGCAAUUUCGAUAGGUGUGUCAGUUCCUAUCCCAGUGAUCGGACUGAGAGAUGAAGAGAAAGUGUUCGUCAACAACACCACCUGCGUGCUGAACGACCCGAAUUUCGUUCUCAUUGGGUCCUUCGUCGCGUUCUUCAUCCCGUUGACGAUCAUGGUGAUUACGUACUGCCUGACGAUCUACGUUCUUCGCCGGCAAGCUCUGAUGUUACUGCACGGCCACAUCGAGGAACCGCCUGGAAUAAACUGGAACUUUCUGAAGUGGUGCAAGAGGAACGCUGCGGAGGAAGAGAACCCGGCCAACCCUCACCAGGACGGGAACCCACGCCGAAGGAAGAAGAAAGAGCGACGCCCCAGGGGCACCAUGCAAGCCAUCAACAAUGAACGGAAAGCGUCCAAAGUCCUCGGCAUUGUUUUCUUUGUGUUUCUGGUUAUGUGGUGCCCGUUUUUCAUUACCAAUAUUCUGUCGGUUCUGUGCGGGAAGGCCUGUAACCAAAAGCUCAUGGAAAAGCUUCUGAAUGUGUUUGUUUGGAUUGGCUACGUCUGUUCAGGAAUUAACCCUCUGGUGUACACGCUUUUCAACAAAAUUUACCGAAGGGCUUUCUCUAACUAUCUGCGCUGCAAUUAUAAGGCAGAAAAGAAACCUCCGGUGAGACAGAUGCCGAGGGUGGCCGCUACUGCUUUGUCAGGGAGAGAGCUUAACGUUAACAUUUAUCGGCAUACCAACGAACCUGUGCUUAAGAAAGCUGAUGACAAUGAGCCCGGUAUAGAGAUGCAAGUGGAGAAUUUGGAGCUACCAGUUAAUCCCUCCAGCGUGGUUAGUGAAAGGAUCAGCAGUGUAUAAUGAGCAGGGUACAAGCAGCACAGUCUUUCCCUACGGCAAAGCUACAAAUGUAGGGAAAGGUCUUAGAAUUCUUCUGUCGGUCAUCACUAAUGUAAAUACCGUUGUCUGAUAAAAAGUGUUUUGUAUAUAGCUUUGCAACCCUGUACUUUACAAUCAUGCACACGACAGUGAGAUUUAGGGGUCUAUAUUUACUGUUUAUAAUAGAUGGAGAAUAACUUAUUUUGAUUAUUUAAUGCAUAAAAUGUUGAUGUUUCUACUAUCCCUCCCUUCCUAUUUCCUUCCCUCCUUCUCCCUCUUUCUUUCGUUCUCUCUCUCUUUCCCUCUCUCUUUUUCUUUUGGGCAUAAGAAAAUGUUGAUGUUGAUCUCAGGUGGCAUUUGCAGGAGACCAGAAUGACGCACGUGACAGUGGUUAUUUCAACCACACCAAAAUUAACGAACUCAGUGGACUCUUUUUCCGGGUUGACAGUAAAUAUACACUUUAAAUUCUUGCUCUGCUCAUCUACACACAUAAACACAGUAAGAUAGGUUCUGCCUUGUGAUACCUUAUCACAUGCAUUGGCGAGUCAAAGGUAGAACUUAGCCUCGUUGUCACAUAUAGGGGCAAAAUUUGACAUUGUCCGGAUGUCGUGUUGGUAUUUUACUGCAAUGUCCGUCCCCAUAGUGGUAUUUUAACAUAGCAGCUGGUUAACCAGGACUACAGAAGUGGAAGGAUGAUACGAGAUAUAUACACCAAUAGCUUUUCACUUCUUAAGGACAAUGUUCAAAUUCUGAUUAUCACGACAAGCAAACUGGAAUUAGUGUUUUCAUUCUGGUCCUUAGUAAAUAUCUAAUUCUGUGAUUAAACUGGGGAACAAGAUCCCAGAGUUAUUUCCCAAUCCAGGAUUCAACAUCAAUUGGGUUUUGAUCUCAGGAUCCUGGAAAUUCGUGUGCUACACACAAAGUGAAAUUAGCAUUUUGAGCCUUAUUAAAAUAUUUUCAUAAUUAUGGUACCUCUAUCUAUAGGACCCAAUUUCGCAGUCCAUUUUUGAGUAAAACUUGUGCUGGAAGCAUAGAUGAUCAAAACCUUGGAAGUUUUACUUGAUUAAGGACUACAGAAUUAGGCCCUUAGAAUGUGAAAAAAAAAAAAAAGUAAAAACAAGCUUGUACUGAACUCUGGGAAAAAAAAAAAAAACAACAGAAAUACAGAGUUUCCAUUUGGAUUUUAAACAAAAUUUAUCUCAUUUUCAGAUCCUUCCAAACUCUCUAGUGCAGGAAAAGGCUGCAGCUAAUUUGUGAAAGUGGCAAGCUCUUCAUUGUACUGCAAUUAUGUACCAGAAGUUUAAAAUCUUUGUUAAAAUAAUAGUGUUGUGUCACAAUAAGUGUUGGCCAUUGUUUCAUUCGUGGGCCUGCUGCUCUAAGAAUUCAGUACCAUUUAACUAGUUUGUUAACCACGAAAGGUUUUCAAGCAUCGCUAAAGUCAGACCAUGAAGUCUAUGCUGUGUGCCGAGUAUCCAAGUGUUGCCACUAUUUCCAUGUGUGUCCAUUUCACACAACUGUGGAUCAAUUUCUGAAGAAUUCAUGAUGCUAUCUCUUAUGCCUGACAGUUACUUACACACCUUAGUGUGUGCUUCUCAAGAUCUCGAAAUCCGUGAAGGCAGAAUCUGAAUUUCAGAGAACCCCUGGUCUAUGUUCUCAACACACAGCAUAGAUAAAUCCAACAGUCUGCCACAGGGGCAGUGGGAGAGCUGCUGUAUUUGAGGAAACUCAUACAGUCUGUUUGAUUAGCAACACUGCCAAAUGUCAGUCAAUUGCUUGAGCAUGCCCCAAUACACCAUGAAAGUCAAGUCUACCUGCCUGUUAGCUCUGUUGAAUUGCAUGUUAAAACAAUUAUAGGAAAUUGAAUGAGAUGAUCUAAUUCUUACUGAAACGAAGACGUCUGAAGACACACAGCAUGCAUUGAGCAUGAGUUCUGCACAUACGGAUGGAGUCCUGCAUGUAUGCCAUGUAUGUUGCAUGAAUCCAUCGAUUUGUAUUAACGUAAGGCAGAGUAGAUGAUACAAAAAGGACUGGAGGAAAUCCUUCAGCAGUCCUUGAGAUGACACGCAUUCAGAUCUGAAGUAUUGUGAGUAUUAGAGAAAAUUGGAAACAUCUGAUUUCUUUUCUUAACUAUCAGGGCAAGCUCAUAGCACAUGUUUUACAAAGAAAUAAAAUAUAAACCACAGAUUUUGAAAAGCACUAGCAAUAAGUUGAAUGAUAAUAGCUUAUAGCACAUUUGUUAAUAAUUCUUAUGUCAUCAAGUAGUAGUACUUAAUAGUACCCAACACAGUAAUUAUUCUCAAAUCGUGUGCUAUUCGUAAGUUCUGUGCAGUUUGGUAUGAAACAAAUAUACUCAUUUGGAUAUAAAUCUUACAGUUCAAUGUUAAAUCUACAAACUUUUGUAAAUGUUUUAAAAAGAAAAAGUCCAUGUGAUAAACGUAAACGUGGUGAAUUUACUGUCGAACAAAUCAUUUUGAUGUACUAUUAUAUAUGUAUAUCUGUUUAAGACACGUGCAACAGACUGCCUUAUAUUAUUUCCUGUAAAUCUUCUCCUUGGUCAAAUGGUACUUUUUGUGAGUGGUUGCAAAGUGUUGUCUUAUUUGUGGUUCCUGUAUGUUAUCCAUUCCAAGUUUUUGUGAUACUU